AAUCACAUAAAAUUAAACUAUACCUCAAAUACUUUAGUAUAAAUUGAAGCCGAUGAUAUAUUUUUUCCGAAUUAGAAAAAAGAAAAACGAGAGAAAAAGACGGAAGAACAGCGUGUACAUUUUGACCGAGUGGAACCGAACCAACGGCUCCAACAAGAAAAGAAAAAAAAAAACAAACCACCAAAACAAACAAACCAAAGAAUUUGCGCAAAUAAAUACCCCCACACCGUACGGCCCAUUUUUCUUCAAGAAAGAAAACAAUGGUGCUCUUGAAACCUUCUACCUUGUCAAAAUCCUCUAAACUCCGGCCACAACAGGACGGCUUCUCCGAGUCUCUAAUCGGAGAUUCCGUGGAGGCAGCUGACGCUUUCAUACGCCAAUGGGUUUCUCCACAUCUCUACGAUUCUUCUUCUUCUUCCUGCAGCCUCUAUUCCCUUUUCUCCGCCGAAAACCGUGGAGAAGGCAGACGCUUCCUCGACGUUCUCCGCAGUUUACACUACGCGAUUCAGAGUGUGGUCUUGGUGGAUCCUGGCUCCGCUAAGCUUCCUCAAGCGCAGGAAUUGAUGCGGACAGCUAUGAAGCAUUUGGAGAAGGAGUUUUACAGGGUUUUGAAAUCGAAUCGGCGGUUUUUGGAUCCAGAAUCCGUCUCCGGCUGGUCCUCCGGAUCUUCGGACUCCAUCACAACUUCGAGAUCGAGUGGAAGCGCUUCGGAUUCUGGAUCGGACGGAGAGCUUGAUUCUUCAGAAUCUUCGUCGGAAUUGGGUAACGAGAGAGGAGGAGAUGCUGAUGCUAUUUUGGAUUUGAAGAUGAUAGCGGAUUGCAUGAUCUCCUCUGGUUACGAGAAGGAUUGUGUUAAGAUUUAUAAGAAACUCAGAAGAAAGAUCAUCGUCGAAGCUUUCUCUCAGCUAGGAUUCGAGAAAUUAAAUUCUGCGCAGAUGCAGAAACUGGAAUGGGAGAUUCUGGAGAAGAAGAUCAAAAGCUGUCUGCGGGUUGCGAGAGUAGCAAUCAUCACUCUAUUUAACGGAGAACGAAUCCUUUGCGAUCGCAUUUUCUCCUCCUCCUCCGUCUCCGUCGCCGAGUCUUCAUUCGCCGAGAUUACGCUACAAAGCGCGUUAAACCUCUUCAUCUUCCCGAUAACAGUGGCAAAAUGCAGGAAAACUGCAGAGAAAAUCUUCCCCACGCUUGACGUUUACCAGACGAUCUUGCAUCUGAUUCCCAAAAUCGAACAGAUUUUCAGCUACGAUUCAACCGCUUCCGUUCGAUCGCAAGCGGCUGAGUCUCUAGAAAAACUCGGUGAAUCUGUGAAUGCUAUGAUGAUCGAAUUCCAAUCGUCGAUUACGAAAGAGUCUUCGAAAUCGCCGAUUCCCGGCGGCGGAGUCCAUCAGCUCACGAGGUAUGUCAUGAACUUCAUCGUCUUCCUCGCAGACUACAGCGACUCGCUAACCGCCAUUCUCAAGGACAAGGAGUCUUCGUUACCUUUACCGGAGGAUUACUUUAGCAGCGGAGGCAACAACAACAACAACGACGAAGAAAACCCCGGAAACGCUGGUUCAACGAUGGCGGCGAGGCUCGCGUGGUUGAUACUCGUCUUGCUCUGCAAAAUCGACGCGAAAUCUCGGAUUUACAGCGACUCGGCUCUCUCGUAUCUCUUCCUGGCCAACAACCUCCGAUACAUCCUGAUCAAGGUCCGUGCAUCGAACCUCAGGGUCGUACUGGGAGACGAUUGGGUGGCCAAUCACGAGGUCAAGGUGAGUCAGUACCUCGAGAAAUACGAGAAGAUGGCGUGGGGAACUGUGGUUUCAUCACUCACCAGAGGUUCAACGGCGGAGGAGACUCUCCGGCGGUUCAACGAUGCGUUCGAGGAGGCGUAUAAAAGGCACAAGACUUGGGUCGUACCCGACCCGAAGUUGAGAGACGAAAUCAAAGCCUCCAUAGCGAAAAAGAUCAUGCCCGGGUAUACGGGUUUCUAUAAGAGAUACCCGGUCGGGUCAGGUGAUAUUAUCAGAUUCACCCCUGAAGAUCUCAAUAAUUACAUAUCCGACCUAUAUAUUGGCUUAGGAGGAUCCGUACCCGUAUCGACAAACUAAACGUCUUUCGGAUCCGGACAUUACUUGUGAAUAUAAGUAGAAAUGAAAUUCGAAAUCUCAAAUUGUCAAGCCGGUUCUGUUCUGGGCUUAAAAGCCCAUGUGUACCAGUCUUAGGCUUCCUUCAUAUUGGAAUUAAAUAAAUAAAA